GUCUGGCUGAGUUGAAAGUCGCUCCUCAAUUGGAAGAAUGUUUCGGCUCCCACGGAAAUCGCUUUAAUAAUUUUAAAGGAACACGGAGUCUGACGUCGGAGGAACUGCAGCGAGCUAGAUGAUUUUCUAGGAUCACUGUCACAAGCCGUUUCAUUUUAAAGACUAGGGUAUAUUUUAAGAGAUACCAGUUCUGACGAGCCAUAACAAGCCAUAAAACACUUGUUUUACGGAUAACAUAAAGCUACAGUGUUUCACAACUUCUCCAGAGCAGAAUGCCUGUGAAAGGAAUCGGGAAAGUGGCUGCGUAUCCAAGCAAAGGCGAACACGUCGGAAGCUCAGGAAUGGAGGAGACUGUUUGGGAGCAGCACACUGUGAACCUACAAAGGGACUCCAAGAUGGGGUUUGGUAUUGCCGUGUCGGGGGGACGGGACAACCCCAACGUGGAUAACGGAGAGAUGUCAAUCAUCGUGUCAGACGUCCUACAGGGUGGACCAGCUGACGGACUCCUGUUUGAGAAAGAUCGUGUGAUCCAGGUCAACUCCAUCCUCAUGGACAACGUGCCUCAUUCCUUCGCUGUGCAGCAGUUACGCAAAUGUGGGAAGACCGCCAAGAUAACGGUGAAGAGACCUCGGAAGGUGGCUCUCCACUCCCUGAAGCCCCCCCCGUCCCCCGGCGGCGAGAGUCGAGACUUCGGCACCACCCGUUACUACGAUGCCGAUGACAACCAGAGUGAAGGGGGCUGGCAACGUGGCAACGGUGGGCCCGGUUACACCCACGAGCCUCAUGACCUCACCCCCGACAACAAGAACUACCUGGACCCCGACUACGGCGGCCGCGGUAAUCGGGGGAGGAGCCGAGGGAGGAGCCAGGAGAGGGCAUCGCUGACCCCCGAGCAUCGCCGUGACAACAGCAAGGGGCGGGCCUUGGACCGGGAGCCGCCCAGUCCCGAGAGGCUGCGGUAUCCACGGGAACGUAGCCGGGGGAGGAGCACGGACCGGGAGAGGGGAGGAGGGAGUCCAGGUGGGAGGAGCUACGACCGGGGGGACAGCUACGAGCGUGGAGGGGGGAGGUACGGGGAUGUAGGAGGUACUGGAGGGAGGAUGGUGAAGAGUAAGAGUAGAGACCAACUCCAGGAGCCUUCCUCCCCGGACCUCCCAAGAGGAGGAGGAGGAGGAGCUAGAGACCUGGAGCCCCUGGAGAAACCUGUUAAUGUCCUGCUGGUCAAGAACAGACCCAACGAAGAGUACGGUCUGCGUCUGGGCAGUCAGAUCUUCAUCAAGGAGAUGACCAGUACAGGACUGGCUACCAAGGACGGAAACUUACAGGAGGGAGACAUCAUUCUCAAGAUCAACGGGACAGUAACAGAGAACCUGUCUCUGAACGAUGCAGGGAAGCUCAUUGAGAAGUCUAGAGGAAAACUCCAGCUGGUCAUCCAAAGAGACCGGAGACAGAUCCUCAUCCGUAUCCCGCCCCUCGUCGACUCUGACUCCGAACCUGACGAUAUUUCAGAGAUGGAGUCCUACCAUUCCUACUCUCCCCAGGAGGACAGGAGAUCUCGCCAGUCUGACCUCUCCUCCCAUUCCUCUAAUGAGAGAGACUACCCCAGACCUCUAACCAGCCUGGAAGACUCUCCAAGGGUAGCCAAGAUGUCUGCCAUGGCCUCACCUUUCAGGGUUCCCCCUCUACAGGACCCCCCCGCCCCGGGCCCUGCCAACCUGGAAUCAGAGGGUCCGCCACGCCUCGACGAGCCACCAGCGUCAGCAAAGACCACUCCUAAGAUUCUGCUACGCCCCAGCCCAGAGGAUGAAGAGCUCUACGGGGCUAACACGGUGAUGGUGAGUUUCCAGAAGGGGGACAGUGUGGGUCUGAGGCUGGCGGGGGGCAACGAUGUGGGCAUCUUCAUCGCUGGCAUCCAGGAGGGCAGUCCUGCCGAAGAGGAGGGCCUACGCACUGGAGACCAGAUCAUAAAGGUGAACAAGGUAGAAUUCCGAGGCAUCGUGAGAGAGGAGGCUGUUCUCUGUCUGUUGGAGAUUCCUAAAGGAGAGGACGUCACCAUACUGGCCCAGAGUAAACUUGAUGUCUACAAUGACAUCCUGGUGUCUGGUCGUGGGGACUCCUUCUUUAUCAGGACUCAUUUUGAGUAUGAGCGGGAGGCUCCCCAGAGCCUGGCUUUCUCCAGAGGGGAGAUCUUUAAGGUGGUGGACACUCUCUACGACGGCAAGCUGGGCAACUGGCUGGCCAUUCGCACCGGCAAGGACAAACAGCUGCUAGAGAAGGGCAUCAUCCCCAACAAGAGCAGGGCUGACCAGAUGGCGAGUGUCCAGAACUCCCAGAAGGCCGCUGGGACGGACCGGGCUGACUUCUGGCGUCUGCGGGGCCAAAGGGCAGCCAAGAGAAAGGAGCUGAGGAAGAGCAGAGAGGACGUCAGUGCUACGCCCGUCGCCACACGCUUCCCCGCGUACGAGAGAGUCGUGCUCCGAGAGGCUGGUUUCAGACGUCCCGUGGUUCUGUUUGGACCUAUAGCUGAUGCAGCCAACGACAAGCUUGCUAACGAGCUGCCUGACCUGUUCAUCAUCGCAAAAACGGAGCCUAAAGAUGCCGGUUCAGAGAAAUCCUCAGGAGUAGUGAGACUCAACACCAUCCGCCAGAUCAUCGAGCAGGACAAGCAUGCCCUGCUGGAUGUGACUCCCAAGGCGGUGGACACACUGAACUACAGCCAGUGGUACCCCAUCGUCAUCUUCUUCAACCCAGACAGUAAACCAGGGGUUAAGGCCAUGAGGCAGAGGGUGAUACCUGGAUCCAACCGCUCGGCACGCAAACUAUACGAACAAGCUGUCAAACUGAGGAAGACCUGUUCUCACCUCUUCUCUGCUACUAUUGAGGUGAACUCUGUCAACGAUGCGUGGUACGGCAGUGUCAAGGACUCUAUCAGAGAGCAGCAGACUCAGGCUGUCUGGGUGUCUGAGGGGAAGCUGGACGGCACGGGGACGGACCUUGAUCUCCAUGACGACCGCAUGUCCUACCUGUCAGCCAUGUCGGCCGACUACCUGAGCAUGGACAGCCGACUGGCCAGUGACUACGAUGACACGGCGGACGAGGGCGGGGCUUAUACGGAUAACGAGCUGGACAAUGAACCGGCCGAUCAACUGCCGGUGUCGGCUAUCAGCCGCUCCUCUGAGCCCGUGCUUGCAGAGGAGAUACUGCGCAGGUGCAGUCCAGAUAUCCGUGGUGGCAUCAGGAGGGUGGGCAGCAGGGAGGUACUCAGCAGCGCCAGCCCAGCGCACGUGUUUGUACCUGACCCCCCCAAGGUGAAGCUGUUGUUCAGGGAUGAAGUAGUCCCUCCCAGGGGGGUAGUAGGGGCGUACGACCCCCCCUCCAGCCGCGGCUACGACUCCCACUCCUCCAGCCCUGCCAGCAACGACCCCCCUCCUCUCCUUCGCUCCCUCAACUCCUUCGGCAAGGCCAAGCCCCUGGCACUGCAGCCCCCCGUCACCCUCAAACCCUCCUAUAAUAUCCAGGACACCACCAGCAGCACAGCCCCAGUCACAGUGGCCCCUUUGGGCCCGGAGGAACCAGAGGAGAACCCUGAGGACCCCAGCCUCAGGUCGUUCCUGGGGAAGGUCAAGGCCUUUGAGAAGAUGGACCACUUUGCACGCGCUCAGAGGAUGCUGGAGCUGCAGGAGGCACAGAACGCCAGGUUGGAGAUAGCUCAGAAGCACCCAGACAUCUAUGCUGUCCCCCUGAAGACCCAGAAACUGGACCACAGCCGGCCUCAGCCUAUAGGUUCCAGCUCGCAUCCUGAGCCCCAGACCCCUCCCUCCAAGCUACCGUACUCUGAGAGUCGUGGGUUCUACCUCAGCGAUGAGGAGGAAGAGUACCGACGCCAGCUGGCUGAACACACCAAGAGAGGCUACUACCAGGUCAACAACCAGAAAUACCAGGACACUGAACUGUAGACCACACCAUCAACCAGAAAUACCAGGACACUGAACUGUAGACUACACCAUCAACCAGAAAUACCAGGACACUGAAUUGUAGACGACACCAUCAACCAGAAAUAUCAGGACACUGAACUGUAGACUACACCCCUACAACCAGAAAUACCAGGACACUGAAUUGUAGGCUACACCCCUACAACCAGAAAUACCAGGACACUGAACUGUAGACUACACCAUCAACCAGAAAUAUCAGGACACUGAACUGUAGACUACACCCCUACAACCAGAAAUACCAGGACACUGAAUUGUAGGCUACACCCCUACAACCAGAAAUACCAGGACACUGAACUGUAGACUACACCAUCAACCAGAAAUAUCAGGACACUGAACUGUAGACUACACCCCUACAACCAGAAAUACCAGGACACUAAACGGUAGACUACACCAUCAACCAGAAAUACCAGGACACUGAACUGUAGACUACACCAUCAACCAGAAAUACCAGGACACUGAACUGUAGAAUACACCAUCAACCAGAAAUACCAGGACACUGAACUGUAGACUACACCAUCAACCAGAAAUACCAGGACACUGAACUGUAGACUACCCCUACAACCAGAAAUACCAGGACACUGAACUGUAGACUACACCAUCAACCAGAAAUACCAGGACACUGAACUGUAGACUACACCACUACAACCAGAAAUACCAGGACACUGAACUGUAGACUUCCCCUACAACCAGAAAUACCAGGACACUGAACUGUAGACUACACCAUCAACCAGAAAUACCAGGACACUGAACUGUAGACUACACCAUCAACCAGAAAUACCAGGACACUGAACUGUAGACCACACCAUCAACCAGAAAUACCAGGACACUGAACUGUAGACUACCCCUACAACCAGAAAUACCAGGACACUGAACUGUAGACUACACCCCUACAACCAGAAAUAUCAGGACACUGAACUGUAGACGACACCAUCAACCAGAAAUAUCAGGACACUGAACUGUAGACUACACCACUACAACCAGAAAUACCAGGACACUGAACUGUAGACUACACCCCUACAACCAGAAAUACCAGGACACUAAACUGUAGACUACACCACUACAACCAGAAAUACCAGGACACCGAACUGUAGACUACACCCCUACAACCAGAAAUACCAGGACACUAAACGGUAGACUACACCAUCAACCAGAAAUACCAGGACACUGAACUGUAGACUACACCAUCAACCAGAAAUACCAGGACACUGAACUGUAGACUACACCACUACAACAGAUAUACCAGGACACUAAACUGUAGACUACAUCAUCAACCAGAAAUACCAGGACACUGAACUGUAGACUACACCACUACAACAGAUAUACCAGGACACUAAACUGUA